AUUGUGCGUCGUGAUCAGAUUGCACUUCAAUUUGUGUGUUAUUCCUUCAAAACACUAAUAAUUAAUCAUGGAAAAGCCUCAAAAAAUGCCCAAAGUGGCCAAGGUCAAAAACAAAGCCCCAGCGGAGGUCCAAAUCACCGCCGAGCAGCUGCUCAGGGAAGCUAAGGAACGUGAUCUUGAAAUCUUGCCUCCACCACCGAAGCAGAAAAUCUCCGAUGCCGCUGAAUUGGCCGACUAUCAGCAGAGGAAACGGAAAACGUUCGAAGAUAAUCUACGCAAGAACAGAAUGGUGGUGAGCAACUGGAUCAAGUAUGCCCAGUGGGAAGAAUCGCAGAAGGAGAUCCAGCGAGCCCGGUCCAUUUGGGAACGUGCGAUCGACAAUGAGCACAGAAACAUCACGAUCUGGUUAAAGUACGCCGAGAUGGAAAUGAAGAACCGACAGGUGAAUCAUGCUAGGAAUCUCUGGGACCGGGCCGUGACGGUAAUGCCAAGGACGAACCAGUUUUGGUACAAGUACACGUAUAUGGAGGAGAUGUUGGAGAAUGUGGCCGGAGCUAGGCAGGUUUUCGAGCGGUGGAUGGAGUGGCAACCGGAGGAACAAGCCUGGCAGACGUACAUCAACUUUGAGCUGCGGUACAAGGAGAUUGACCGGGCCAGACAAAUCUACGAGCGGUUCGUGAUGGUGCAUCCGGAAGUGAAGAACUGGAUCAAGUAUGCUCGUUUUGAAGAGGCACAUGGUUUCAUCAAUGGGUCUCGAACGGUCUUCGAAAGAGCAAUCGAGUUCUUCGGCGAUGACCACUCGGAUGAACGGUUAUUCAUUGCAUUUGCCCGGUUUGAAGAAGGUCAGAAGGAACACGAUCGAGUUCGGGUGAUCUACAAGUAUGCGUUGGAUCAUUUGCCGAAAGAACGGACGGCGGAUCUGUACAAGGCCUACACGAUUCAUGAAAAAAAGUACGGAGAUAGAUCCGGAAUCGAAGAUGUGAUCGUUUCGAAAAGGAAGUUCCAGUACGAACAGGAAGUGGCAGAGAAUCCGACCAACUACGAUGCCUGGUUCGAUUACCUACGGCUGGUGGAGAACGAAGCGAACCAGGAGCUGAUUCGAGAAACGUACGAACGAGCAAUUGCGAACGUUCCUCCUGCAAAGGACAAAAACCUCUGGCGAAGGUACAUCUACCUGUGGAUCAAUUACGCUCUGUACGAAGAACUGGAAACGGAAGAUCUGAAACGGACUCGCCAAAUCUACAAAACAUGCCUAGAAUUGAUUCCGCACAAAGUGUUCACAUUUAGCAAAAUGUGGCUUCUCUACGCCCAGUUUGAGAUACGCUGUAAAAACCUGCAAGUUGCUCGAAAAGCGCUCGGAAUGGCCAUCGGGAUGUGUCCUCGCGACAAACUGUUUCGUGGGUACAUCGAUUUGGAAAUUCAGUUGAGAGAAUUCGAUCGCUGUCGAAUUUUGUACGAAAAAUUCCUUGAAUUUGGACCGGAAAAUUGCAUAACCUGGAUGAAGUUUGCCGAGCUAGAGUCCCUGCUUGGCGACAUGGGUCGCGCUAGAGCGAUUUACGAGUUGGCUAUUCAGCAGGCUAGAUUAGACAUGCCGGAGCUGCUUUGGAAGAGCUACAUUGACUUUGAGGUACAGCAAGGGGAAUUUGAGUUCGCCAGACAACUUUACGAGCGACUUCUGGAGAGGACCACCCACGUCAAGGUUUGGAUUUCGUUUGCAAAGUUCGAAAUGGCAGCGGAGAAUGAAGACAACAUUAACGUACAGCUUUCGCGGCGGGUUUACGAGAGGGCCAACGACAGUUUGAAGAACGCAGCUGAGAAGGAAUCCCGAGUGUUAAUUCUGGAAGCUUGGCGAGACUUUGAGAAGGAUCAUGGUGACCAGGAGAAUCUGCUGAAGGUGAUGGCAAAGAUGCCCCGGAAGGUCAAGAAGCGUCAGAAGAUCAUCUCCGAGAGUGGCGUGGAAGAAGGCUGGGAAGAGGUGUUUGAUUUCAUCUUCCCAGAGGAUGAGAUGGCUAGGCCGAAUCUGAAAUUGCUUGCCGCGGCCAAGAACUGGAAAAAGCAAAAAGAGGUCGUCGUUGCACCGGCCGAGACUACGAUCGAAUCUAGUGAAGCUGCGCACGCUGAAGAGGAAGAGCAAACAGAAGAUUAAUUUUAAUAUGUCUAC